AUGAAAUGGAAACUUUUGGUAUUUUUAAAUUACUAAUUAUCAAUGUAUGUAGUUUUUAUUUUACAUUAUAAUUAAAUAAAUAGUUUUAAAUAAGAGGAACAUUUGACAUAACCUAAAUUAUUUACUAAAGUUAAAAUAUGGCACUUUAGAGAAAUGUUAAAUAAAAUUUUUCAAAUUUCUAUUUACAUAUUAGUUUUAUUAAAUAUUGUAGUUAUAUAUUCCCGUACAAUUCGUCAAAUAAAUAGUAAUUAUAAAACAGAAAUAAAACAGCAUUUAAAUUCAUCUCAUGUAUUUAAUAUGUUUGUUCGUCUUAUAGAUUUCAAUAAUACAAAUGUGUCUUUGACAAGUGACAUGGAAUUAAUGAUGAUUUCAGAAGAAUUAUUUAAUAAGUUUUCUUAUGAAUUAUCCAAUAAUGUACAUAUAAAUUAUCAAGGACAAAUAAAUUUUAAUAAUUUUAGUGAUAAUGCUUCACAAAGAUUGUUAAAUAUAUCAUCUAAUGUAUUUUCAAUAUCAACGAUAAAAUCUUUUGUAAAGCUAUUUGAUAACUAUGAAUUGGAUACUUAUCAGCCAGAAGUUCUAACAAAGACAAAAGAUUUUGAAGAGAAUGAAUUUAUUGAUGAUUUAAUGAAAACAGAUAUAAUGUCACGUGUUAUGUACUUUCUGUCAAGCAAAGGUUUUUUUAAAAAUAACAUACAAGUUCAUAAAGAUAUCUUAAAACAAAUUUGGUUUCAUUCAUAUUCCCGGAGUAAAAAUAUAAAUGGUUCUUCUGGAUUUGAACAUGUAUUUGUAGGAGAAAGAAAACCACGUAAAGGUAUUAUAGGGCUUCAUAAUUGGAUUUUUUUUUCCUAUGGAGAACUAUCAAAUAAAAUUAAUUAUUUUGGAUUUGGCCAUUGGCAGAAAUUUAUUAAUAAAGUUGUCAUUCUAGAAAUAUAUUUCACUUAUAUUGGAAAACGUAAAAGAUCAACUAUGUUUGUUGGAACCAUCCCAGAAUUGGAAAUAGCACUUUAUACACUUUGUUUUUUUACAAGACCAAACAAAAGGUGUCAAUUAUUUUUUGCAGGAUUUAAAUUUUAUAUUCAAACAUAUAUAUUGCAAAAUAAGGGUACAAAAUUUGUUGGAACUGCUUUUCCUAUGUUAAAA